ACUGGUUGAAGGCACUGAUAAAGAUUAGUAGUUAAAGGCCGGUUAUUCGAUCUUUUUGGUUAUAAAAAAGAGCGAAGAGACACGUAAAAUUUUUCAUAUUAAAUCCUCUGCCAAAUUUUUUCAACAACGCUAUACACUUUACAACGUACAGAAAUCAUUGGCUCUAUUUUAAUAUGGCUAUCAAAGGCCUGAUCGCAUCGGUAGUUCAACUAUUGACUCAGCAGUUGGAAGAUGGCGAUUUAUCCGCCGAUUCCAGAGAGAGUCUGGAGGUUGCAAUUCAAUGUUUAGAGAGUGCGUACAACGUUCAAGCCUCCGAUGCUCAACCUAAUGUUGAUUUAUUAGAACUUUACAAAAGUGCCGUUGAUAAUGUAAAACCGGACUUUGGACCACCUGCUUCACCUGAGGCAAAAGCAGAAGCGGAAAGACUGAAAAAUGAAGGAAACUCCCUCAUGAAAGCUGAAAAACAUCAUGAGGCACUAGCCAACUACACAAAGGCCAUCGAAUUGGAUGGACGUAACGCUGUUUACUAUUGUAACAGGGCGGCAGUUCAUAGUAAAAUAGGAAAUCAUGCUCAAGCGAUAAAAGACUGCAACACAGCAUUGGCGAUUGACCCUUCAUAUAGCAAAGCAUACGGGCGUUUAGGACUCGCUUAUUCAAGUCUAGAAAAGCAUAAAGAAGCGAAACAAAGCUACCAAAAAGCUUUAGAAAUGGAACCAGGAAAUGAAAGUUAUAAAAUAAACCUGCAAUUAUCAGAAGAGAAACUUGCUCAGCAAGGUGUUGGGUACAUGGUUCUUGGCAAUAAUCCAGCUGGUUCGAGCGGUGUUUCUCCCAACAUGGACUUGAGCUCACUCCUCAGCAAUCCGGCGCUUAGAAAUAUGGCACGAUUGAUGCUCUCAGAUCCGGGAAUGCAAAACAUGAUGAGUGACUUGAUGAGCGGAAAUGUAGAACAAGGAGGGCGCAUGGAAGCCUUAAUCGAAGCGGGUCAACAAUUGGCGCAACAAAUGCAAAGUGCGAACCCUGAGCUGAUAGAUUCUCUAAGACGUCAGAUGGGUGGUAAUCCAAAUGAUCCGGAACCUCCUCGAGAAAAUUAAGAGUUUUUACAACACUGUCCUCCAAGAAGAAAGAACCUCUGUUCGGUUGUUUAAAUCGUUAGUACGUCAGCAAAAAUCAGUUGACCAACUUGAUCACUCUUUGAACCUUAUAAAACAGCAAUCGAAACUCAAUAUUUGGAAUUUCCGAAGUCGUGAUUGACUAGAACUUUUGUUUUCCUUUAGAAAUUUCAUGCAAGAAAAACCAAAAGCUGUCUCUGUUCCGGCAAAUAAUAUCCAGGGACACAAACGGUUACCGCUCACUUAUUGGUUUAUCGAAUUAUUUCAUCGGCCGUAUAGAAGCAGAUGCUUCGAUGCUUGUAGCAAAGUAUCCAGUAUUUCCAAUUUAAUCCCAUGCGAAAUUUUAGUGCCUGUCUGUUCGAUUCCGCAGCAAUUCCAUAAGAUAAAAUAGAUGGCUAGCAGCAUAUAUACGUUACACAAAAAUAACAGUUAUCGAUAUAGAGAGAGAUAGGGAUAAUGAUAAUGAUAAUAGUAAUGGUAAUAACGACUUGCUAAUUUGAUAUGAAGUGUGCAUAUUAUAGGCAAUAAUGAAUUAUAAUAAAUACUUUAAGUUGUGAGAUGGAAAUUGCGUGCGUUACAAUUUUGAUUUCACUUGCUGCUCUGCAGUGAAUGAAUAACUUUUACAUAUCAACCAUGUUUCAGAGGUGAUCUUCUGGACAUGAAGGAUGCAAUGAUUUAAUCAAUGGGCAUACCGGAAUUGUAAAGAUUGGUAGCAUAGCGUUGUAUCCAAUGAAGGAAAAGGCGUAGAUAUAUAGCUGAAACAUUCAACGCCAUGACCUAUCCAGUAAAUUCUUACUUACAAUUAGUUUGUUUGGAAUAAUAAUAAAUCAAGCAAAGUUCGUUGAUUCCGGUGUGUCAUAGGAUGACGUCACUCGAUUACAGUGUAUGUACAUGACAGUGAACGGCCGGCCGGACGUAUUUUGUAUGAAAUACAUGCACAUACAAUACACUCAGACGAUAGUUACCGACUGAUUGUGAGGUCAUCCCCGGUAAUAUACAAUCGUAUGUGCAUGAUAAAAUAGUAGAUGAAUCUCACAUGCUCCACGCAUGUAUUCUAUGCGGAUUAUGAAUUUUCAAAAGCGAUGCUACAACAAUGAGAAAUAAUCCUGAAAGACAUGGAUUGAUAACGAACAACGGCAUUAUCGAACCCGUUCGCUCAAUGAAUGACGUUCGAAUCCGUUUAAAUUUUCAAAUAAUUGCCGUUCAUUCGUUUUCUGUGCUUUCUCUCCCCCAUAAAAAGAAAUGCGAGAGAUUGUGGCGGUGUCUGGUGGAAUUCUCUCAAAGUAAGUUGAGAUUUUUGCCCAGGCGUUCUCGGGCUCUUUUCCUAUCAACACAAAUUUCCUGGCGCUGCGAUUGACCCGCGACUCUGACGUCAGGGUAACAGAAAAUUUUCAUUGGUUCUGUGGGACCGACAACUCUCCCCACCAUUCGACCCCCACCCCUUAAACGCCACGGGCAGAAUCGAGGUGUGGCCAUCAAGGGGGCGGCAGCCAUUUUCUUGACUAUCUGUCGCAUAAGAUUUCAGUUCCGCAUGUAAAGUUUGUGCAAGUUUCUUUUACCGGUCAACCUGGGCAAAGCUUAAGAAAGGAGGGAGAAAAAGGAGGAAAAGGAGGAGGUGA